AUGCAGCCUAGUACUGUUGAGAAGGAGUCCAGUGGAAGGAGUGUCAGGAGUGGAAGGAGUGGAGAGGAGGUGGAGAGGAGGUUACAGCAGCAGAGAAGGAGAAGGCUGAGAAGGAGAAGCAGGACAGGAUGUGGAAGGAGCCUUGAGCAGAAGAGGAGAGAGAGGAGAGAGAGGAAGGUGGGGAAGCAGAAGGAGAUGGAGAAGCAGCUGGAGGAAGAGGGGAAGGAGUGUGAGAAGCAGAGUGAGCAGUGCAGGAAGGUGUGGAAGAUGAGAGUGGCGGCAGAAGAGGAUGGAUGGACUUGUGUGAAGGGUAGGCGUGUGAGAAGGAGUGAGGAGGAGUUCCCUUCCUUUGAGAAGGAGAAGAAGGAGAUGAAGGAGAAGGUGAGGAAGGAGUGCUCUGAGAAGAAGAGGAGAGAGAGGUUGGCUAGGGAGGAGAAGAAGAGAGAGAAGAAGAUGGAGAAGAUGCUGGAGGAAGAGAAGAAGGAGUUGGAGAAGCAGAGAGUGGAGAAGAAGCAGGAGAAGGUGCAGCUGAAGAGAGAGAAGGAGGAGAGGGGCAGUGAGAGAAGGAUGGCUGAUGGCUUCAAGCGAGCAAGGAAGCAGAGCAGUGAGGAGAGAGUGGUUGAGAAGAUUAUGUCAGAUAAUCUUCUCUUGGAGCCAGAGCAGAAGAGGAGAAGGAGCGGAAGGAGUGGAAGGAGUUCUAAAGGAGGAGAGAGGGUGCAGGGAAGGAAGGUGGAGAGUGCUGCAGAGAACUUGGAGAGGGUGGAGAUUGAAGCAGAGAAGUGUAAGUCUGCAAACAAGGUAAGAAGUCAGCUCAGUCAGAAGGUCAAGGUAACUGUUCAGGUGCCUGUUGUAGCUGCUGAGGUCAAGGAUCUCAGUUUUGUUUGGCCUGGACUUGGAAGUAAGGUAAGAAUUGAAUUGGAAGGUGGAAGUGUGCUUGAUGAGUUGGAAUGUGGCAUUGUGGUUGAUCAGUUGGAUGAGAGUGUGACUGUUUGUAGGAGUAUUGUGGAUGAGAUGAUUGAGGGUAUUGGUUUGGAUUGUCAAUUGCUCAAUGUUUCUGUUCAGUGUCAGGUAUUAAAUAGUUUGACCUCCUCCAAGAGAAAUUAG